AUGGGUGUCAGCGAUGAAGUCGAAAUGUCCAGCGAAGUGGUUGACACGAGACCCCUAUCUGACAGCACCGAUUUAUCGGACGAAGACUACCCAGAAGGAGGUCUAAAAGCCUGGUCUGUUGUUCUUGGAGCAUGGUGUGCAAUGGUACCUUCGAUGGGACUGUUGAAUAGUCUCGGUGUUCUACAAGCCUGGACGAGCACACACCAGUUGAAGGAUUACUCCGAAUCCAGUAUUGGUUGGAUUUUUGGCUCUUAUGGAUUCUUUCUAUACAUCGCCGGAGCGCAAACUGGUCCGAUCUUCGAUACCUACGGUUCAAAAUUCGUGAUCAUUCCAGGAUCAAUCGGGAUAGUGCUUUCCAUGGUGUGUUUCAGUCUCAGCGAAGAAUACUACCAAAUUUUCCUCUCCUUCAGCGUCCUCGGCGGCCUAUCAGCCUGCACACUCUUCACACCUGCAAUCUCAACAGUAGGCCACUGGUUCAACCUCCGCCGCGGCUGGGCAACAGGCGUAGCGUGCACAGCGGGAGGAAUCGGUGGCGUGCUAUUCCCCCUGAUAAUCCUCUACGCAGCACCCAGGAUCGGGUUCCCAUGGGCAAUCCGGAUUAUCGCUCUUAUUUCUGCGAUAUUAUGUGUGUGCGCGUGUCUAUUGCUCAAGACACGACUGCCGCCGAAUAAGAAGGCUGGGGCUUCGGUUGAUUUCCGUGCGUUGAGGGAUCUCAAGUAUGCUUCUACGACUGCUGCGGUGUUCCUUGUUGAAUUUGCGGUUUUCAUUCCUAUCACUUAUAUCGCUUCUUAUGCUAUUUCUGUUGGGGUGGAUGAUACAAUGUCUUAUCUGCUGAUUCCGUUUUUGAAUGUUGGCGCUAUACCGGGUCGAUUUCUGCCUGGGUUGGUAGCUGAUCGGGUUGGUAGGUUUAAUGUGAUGGUGUUGACAUCUUUGAUCUGUUCGAUACUCACGUUAGCGCUGUGGACGAAGGCUGGUGAUGAUCUGACAGCGGUUGUUUGUUAUGCUGUUUCCUUUGGAUUUUGGAGUGGUGCUGCUAUUAGUCUUACUCCUGUUUGUAUCUCGCAGGUUUGUGCUACUGAUGAUUAUGGGAAGCGGACUGGGACGACGUUUACUAUCAGUAGUGUUGGGACUCUUGUUGGGAUUCCGAUUGCUGGAGCUAUUUUGGAGAGCGAUGGUGGUGAAUAUGGGGGGCUGAUUGUCUUUGGUGGUGUGCUUUAUUUAGCGGCUACUGUUGCGUUUGUUAUUGCGAGGGGGAUUUGUGUUGGAUGGUCUUUUGGUGUUAAGUUCUAA